UUAACAAUGGCAGUACAUUGAAAUGUUUAGUAUAUCAAAAGACUUUGAAGUGGUAGCUUUAACGAAAGUGAAUUGCCAUGAACGGAAAGCUGCAUUCCCGACUGCCUUCCCUGGUUGCCCUGGCUGUAUUGUGUUCUUUUACAUGGCCUUUGUGUCUGGCGGACCGCACCGAUCCUUGCCAAUAUUUUUCCAAUAACACCUAUAUACGUGAUCCAGACGAUUGUAGCAAGGGUCUAACUUGUAUUAAUUUCAAAUCGGUUACGACCACUACAUGUACUGGCACCAAACCUUUCUAUGAUAAGGAUAAGAACAACUGCGCCGCCUCGCUAUCGGAUCAUUCAUUAUGUGAUAUAUCUUGCGAAGACUACGUGGGCCGGUUUGUAAAGGACCCUAAAUCGUGCGUUGGUUAUUAUUAUUGUCAGGCUGAAGAUUGGCCUCGUCAUGGCCUUUGCCCAGAGAACACCCACUUCGAUUUUGAUAAACAGGAGUGUGUUUGGACCUCUGUGUCCAACUGUAACAUGAAUGAAUUCGAUAUGUGUGCUGUUGUCAAGGACAGUGUUAAUUUUAAUGAUCCCAGCAGUUGCGAAAAGUAUUUCUCAUGCAAAAAGGGUGUGCUCACCAGCAACACUUGUAAGAAUGCCUAUUACGAUGCUCUAACCGGUAAAUGUAUACAAAAGUCUUUAGUCAAUUGUGCUGCGCACCCCAUACCCGCUGAUGCAUGUGGUACUGUCAAAAAACCCAAAGCUAAUGUCUUCGUUUCUGAUGGCGCCACAUGUCGGGGUGCUCUGUAUUGUGCUGCCAUAGAGGGUGAUGUGGACACUAAUCCCGAAUGGGUGCAAUGUCCUCCAAAUAAAUUCUUCAGUGCAUCUGCCCAGGCUUGCAUAAAUCCACUUGAAGUUCCUUGCGCCGAAGAUCGUUGCGAAGGUCGCAAUCUAACCUUUGUUAGCAGUGCUAAAACGGGUUGUCGUCAUUAUUACCGUUGUGAAAAUGGCGUAAAGGUGGAGGAAUUAUCGUGUGGCAAUAAAUUUUUUGAUGAGGAAGCCGGAGUUUGUACAUCAACUAUUAUCGCUUAUCCCUCGUGCUCUUAAAAUUAUGUAAAUAUCAAAUCAACAGUGGU